CUUCGUUUCACCCUUUUUCCUUUUAUUAAUAUUCAGAGUUGAAAUGGAUUUGAAGAACCUAUUCAACGUGAAUGGCAAGGUCGUCCUAGUGACAGGUGGCUCUCGUGGUAUUGGCGAAAUGAUUGCAACGGGCUUUGUCAGCGGUGGUGCCAAAGUGUACAUUACCAGCCGAUCGGCCGACGCUUGUGACAAGGUCGCUAAAGAACUGAAUGCACGUGGUCCCGGUCAAUGUGUUCCCAUUCCAGCCGACUUGCAGAGCGUUGACGAAAUCAAGCGUUUGGUAGCCGAGAUCAGCAAGCAGGACUCCCACUUGGAUGUGCUUGUCAACAAUGCCGGUGCCAACUGGAACGGCAGUUUCCAUGACUACCCUGACGAAGCCUUUGACAAGGUUAUCAGCUUGAACUUGAAGCGUAUCUUUACCUUGUCGCAAGCCUGCUUGCCCUUGUUGUCAGCCAAGGCGUCUAACGCAAACCCCUCCUCGGUCAUCAACAUUGGCUCGAUCGAUGGUAUCCGUGUUCCCCCUCAGGACACCUAUGCCUACUCUGCCUCCAAGGCCGGCUUGCAUCAUUUAACCCGCCAUAUGGCCGGCAAGUUGGGUGGCGACGGUAUUCUGGUUAAUGCUAUUGCCCCCGGUGCUUUCCAGUCCAAGAUGAUGAAGGCCACUUUGGAUGCUUUUGGAGAUAUCAUCAAGUCUAAGAUCCCCGUCCGUCGCAUUGGUUCGCCUGAGGAUAUUGCUGGCACAUGUAUCUACUUGGCUUCUCGUGCUGGUCAAUAUACCAAUGGUGCUGUCAUCACUGUUGACGGUGGUGCUGCUGUCUCCGCCAACCUUUAAAUCGGCUGCAACCUUGUUUUUGUAAUUGUAUAAUCCAACUACCGUUUUUUCUUUUGAUUACCCUCAUUUUGCCUCCUCCAAUCAUCACUGGAAGAAUAAAAUAAAAUAAAAAAGACAUAUUUUAUGUAUCGUGAAAAUAUCUCUAUUCAUAAUUAUGAAC